AUGAUAGGAUCUCGUAGUGGAUUUAUUGCCAGAAUAAAACAAAAAAAUUCCGACGUUAUUGGAUCGCACUGUGUCAUCCAUCGAGAGGCUUUGGCUUCUAAGACUCUCUCUACUUCGAUGAAAGAUAAGCUUGCGAUAAUAAUACGAACCGUCAACUACAUUAAAACUAGUGCCGUCAAUACACGAAUGUUUGCCAAAUUCUGUAAAGAUAUGGAUUGUAAUUACGAGAAUCUGCUUUUCCAUACAAAUGUUCGGUGGCUAUCGAAAGGAAACAUGUUAGCACGUGUGUAUGAGAUGAGGAAUGAGCUUACGCUAUUUCUGGAAGCUCAGGAAAAAUACGAUCUUCUCCUUUAUUUCAAAUCAGAUGAAUUUGUGCUGGUCAUGGCCUACCUUGUGGACAUUUUUGAAUCUCUGAAUAAAUUAAAUCUACUAUUACAAGGCAGAGAAACUAAUCGAAUAACUGACUACGGUUUCAUUCGUGCUUACAUAGCGAAGCUUGAAUUAUGGUAUCGCCGAGCUCAACAAGGAAACGCGGCCUCAUUCCCCAAUCUCGAUACUGCUCUUGACGAAAAACAAAUCAAGCUUGAUGGUGAUUUCAAGAGCGAUAUUGUGUCCCACCUACGUCUUUUAAAAGAAGAAUUUGAACGCUAUUUUCCAGAUUUGAAUGACACAGAACUUCCAGAAUGGAAACUUACAAGAGAUCCAUUUCGUGUCGAUGAAGACAUUCUUCCAAGCAACUUGCAAGAAGAAUUUUUGGAUAUGAAAUUUGAUUCAUCUGCAAAAGACGACUUUGAAGCCAUGCCGCUAACCGACUUCUGGGCAAAAUAUGUACGCAUAUAUAAGAGAGUAGGUAGCGUAGCAAUACGCACUCUGCUUCCGUUUUCAUCUACCUACCUUUGUGAAAGCGGGUUUUCUACUCUGGUGAAUAUAAAGACAAAACAACGGAAUAAACUUCAAUGUGAAUCAGAUAUGAGAUGUGCGUUAUCUGCUACAGUUCCUCGAAUUAAUUACUUGUUUCGCAAAAACAGACUCACCCCUCUCAUUGACGUUAUUUGUGAAUAA